AUGCCGCGAGGUCUUCGGCAUAUGAUCCGAAUUUUGGUUCGCGGCUAUGAAUGCGGCAUCGAAAUCGGGGUCGACCAUCUACGCAACGUUUUGGAAAUUCGCCGAUCCUCCAAACUGGACAAGUAUUACAUUUCGAAUAAGAGAAUCUGGAGAAUAAUCGGGGGUUUUCCGAGCAAGGAUGAUUCUUGGGAUGAUUAUUUCUUCUACGUUCCCGUGGACGAGGCUACCAUUGGAAACGAUUUCCUUAAUUUAACCAAGACGGAUUGGGGACCACUCGGUAGUUCGCUCAUAGUUCUUGUUCGCGAUCCACUUCCGCCAGUUCCCGAGGAUAUCGCUCAAGCCAAGGAAAUUCUCACGGCUAGGAAGGUGAACUGGAGAAAGCACUUUUCGUUUGCGAGAGUCGAGAAAGCGAGAGCUUUAUUCGCCGGUGCUCCAGUUAGUUCCGAUUCGUCUGCUUCUUCCGUUGAUACGACCGAGAGAAUGGUUCGAAUGUCGAUUCGAGACAAGAAGGAAAAAACCGAGAGGGAGAGAGCGAGCCAAGCCCAGGAAGCGGAGACAUCGACUGUUCGUACCGAGCCGAAUCUUCCCAAGGCGUCAGUUGCUGGCGGGCCGAACGCCGAAGCGAUCAUUAACACCGAGGAGACUCUCGUAACUCACGAAUUGAACCGCGCCAAUGUUUCUGUCCCGAAGAAAGUUGUCGAGAUCCAUUCCGAAGUAUUCGGAAAGGCGCCACAGCCUCGUCCGAGAUCCCUGCUGCUGGUGGUGAGGAUCUUUUUAUCAUCAUGGGAUAAGGGUGGCUCGAACCGAAAGCGUUCCACUAUGGAUGGAGAUAAAGGAAAGGGGGUAACCGAGCCAAAGAAGAGGUGUACCAUUCUGCUUGAUGCAGAGCCGACUUCUUCCCUGAUUGACGACGUUUCUGCCUCGGCGUCGCUUUUGUCAAAGAUUAACAACAAGGGAAUUCGGCUGCCGCCUGCUGAUUCUCUUAUGAAGGCGAAGUCUUAUGCUAGCAUGUCCCAACGGGGAACUAAGUUUUUGGCUUCCAUAAACGAGACGAUUGCAGGAUACGAGGCGGAUGCUUGCAAAGAUCAGCGACGAAUUGACGAGACGAGGAAGGACGCUGUCACGCUUCAGACAAAGCUAGAUGAGGCCGAGCGAAAAUUUUCCUCUGCCAUGGCCCAGGCUAAAACUUGGAUCAAAGCUCUCGAGGCAGAGAAGAAGACAUUGAAGGACGAGUGCGUCAAGGCCACCGAUAUGGCUGUUCAGGCAAUUGGCAAAAAAGACGCUCUUCAUAAGGCCAACGUCAAGAGAGCAGUGAAAUCAGCGCGGAGGGAUCUAACCGAGAAGGUGCGAGGUCGUUUCAGCAGCGCGGAGAAGAGCCUCAAGGAUUUGGCCGACACGAAGGAAAGCGAGCUGGAUCUUGUGCAGAUUGAUGGCAACCUUCAGCUCAUCGAGCUCCUCAAGAAGGACGAUGCCCCAACUCUUGAUGCCGAAGCAGAGAAGCUGAAGCAGUGGCGAGCCGACUUGGUGGGAGCCGACGAGGGGUUCGAGAGAAUCUCUACUUGCCUAAGGGGCGAGCUAAACUUGAGUCCUGUCUCCGAGGAUUCGGUUGAUGCUAACCUUGGGAAUAAAUCGGUUGAAACUGCUGCACAAUUAGUUGGCUCCGACGGGUUCCAACAUCGGAACACCGCGAGUCGCCGAGCUUGUUGA